AUGGAUCCUUUAAGCAAGAGGUUAGGGUUUGAAUCACGAUACUUGUUAAUAGAAUAUAUUGUAUUAGGAGAGAUAUUGGUAUUCAAAAGAGUGAAUGAUAAUGGUAUAUAUUGUGCAGUUGAUCCUUAUGGUGGUCCUCCAAAUCAGUGGCAACAUAAUUCUCACCCUCCUUCAGAUCAUGUAGCCUCAAUGAAGCCACCACAACCUCCUGCUCCAAUUCCAUCACGACCGCCUUCUCAUGUUGCUCCGCCACUGCCUCCUCUCAUGAGCAGCAGUGGUGGUACCGGCUCAAACUAUUCAGGCGGCGAACUACUUCCACCUCCUUCUCCAGGCCUUGCAUUUAGCACUGCGAAGAGUACGUUUACAUAUGAGGAGUUGGCGCGCGCAACGGAUGGCUUCUCUGAUGCUAACCUCCUUGGACAAGGUGGAUUUGGAUAUGUUCAUAGAGGUAUUCUCCCUAAUGGUAAAGAGGUUGCUGUUAAGCAGCUGAAAGCUGGAAGUGGACAAGGAGAACGUGAAUUUCAAGCUGAAGUAGAGAUUAUUAGCCGUGUUCAUCAUAAACAUCUUGUUUCUCUUGUUGGAUACUGCAGCACCGGGUUUCAGAGGCUACUUGUUUAUGAGUUUGUUCCCAACAAUACAUUGGAAUUUCAUUUACAUGGAAAUGGACGACCAACGAUGGAUUGGCCAACAAGAUUGCGAAUUGCUUUAGGAUCUGCAAAAGGACUUGCUUAUCUUCAUGAAGAUUGUCAUCCUAAGAUCAUUCAUCGUGAUAUUAAAGCUGCUAACAUCCUUCUCGAUUUUAAGUUUGAAGCAAAGGUUGCUGAUUUUGGUCUUGCAAAGAUUGCUUCCGAUCUCAACACUCAUGUUUCUACUCGAGUGAUGGGGACUUUUGGGUAUCUGGCUCCAGAAUAUGCAGCAAGUGGAAAACUUACAGACAAAUCAGAUGUUUUCUCUUAUGGAGUCAUGCUCCUUGAGCUAUUAACUGGACGUCGACCGGUUGAUAAAAAUCAGACUUACAUGGAUGAUAGUUUGGUGGAAUGGGCUAGGCCUUUGCUCAUGCGUGCUUUAGAAGAAAAUAAUUUAGAUUCUCUGAUUGAUCCAAGACUUCAGAAUGAAUUUGACCCUAGUGAGAUGACGCGUAUGGUAGCAUGUGCUGCAGCUUGCACACGCCACUCAGCAAAGCGUCGACCAAGGAUGAGCCAGGUAAAGUGAAUAAUUUGUUCUAUCAUUUAUUACUGCACUCCAUUCCUUUUGAACUGUCUUUUUAAGAAGAAAAACUAUCAUUCGUUGUGCUGCUACUGUAAAAUCAAACCUAGGUCUUACUUUCCAUUCUGAGUUCCUUGUAUAUGUAAGCAU